AUGAGUUCGACCCGUUCAAGAAUUGCGUCUGUGGAAGACGCCGACGACGACGGAAAUAUCAUCCAAGGAACCUCCCGCUACGCUGCCUCUGUUGGCUCCAAAGAAGACUCGAGCUCCGGGCGUGCACGAAAAGAGCACAAGAAGUCAGACUCUUCACCCAUAGUGACAAACGGCCAGCCCGACUCCGACUCGACGCGACAUCCCCGCAGAAGCGAAUCAUUCAAGACACCACGAAGAGAGCGCGAAACGUCGACAUCCGGCACCAAAAGAUCCAGCAUGUCGUCCUCACGCCCCGUUCCACGACAUGCCAACACCACCGGCAAUCUUCACAGACGGGGGGAUUCCGAGAGGACCGGAAGGGAUAUCGAGGCUUCGUACUACGGCGUGAGCCCUACGAUGACAACAUCCUCCUCUCGGCCCCCUCGUCCUCAAUCAUCCGCUCGGCCCGGUAGUUAUUACGGGACGGGCCCAACACGACCACCUCCCCCUUCUGCUCGCUAUACAGCGCCUGGGCCCCCGCCCCCUCCUCCGCAAUUCAUGCCUCCAUCCUAUCCAACUGCUCCGCCAACAUGGGCUGGACCGGGAUCCAUGCAACCAAUGCCGAUUCCGACGCCGGGCUCGCUGAGCCGACAGCCUACAGACUACUUCUCUGCACAGCCCUUCGAUCCACGCCUAGAUGCCCAACUCGCUGCUCUUAGUCUUGGAACUAGCCCGAGCCGCCCCCGAACUGCCAUGGCUUAUCGCACCUCCCGCGCUCUUGAAUAUGGGGAGGGAGACUUCGACGAAGAGAACGAGAGACCGAUGCCGCGGCCCUCUCUUUCCCACAGAAAACUGUCGAGGGACGAAGACGCCCGGAGAAUGCCCCCUCCAGUCAGGUCUUCUACCGCUCACCCGACAGCCAACCCAUAUAGGCCACCGCCAGUACCGACAACACCGGGCAGACGAGCUUCACGAUAUGCUGAUGAAGACCAGUCGGGCGAUGCGUUAUUUGCCCUUUCGCCAACUCCUUACGAGUACCAGACCCCUGCUCCCGCUGCAAGCAGAGCGCGGUCUAAGUCAAGACCGAGGCACCAGCAGCGACCCAGUGUCAGCGCGGGAACAUACGAAGACCCGGAAUCCAGGAUGGAAAUAGCCAGUCGGCAUAAUCGGCGACACUCGUAUUAUGGAGCAGCGCUACAGUCAAUUGCCGCCCCUGGAAGCGGAUACGAAGAAAAAAUCCGUCAAGCCGCCAAGUACCAGACCGAGACAAUUGGUGGUGAUCCGAUGCCGCUCACGGCAGAAACUCUCCGCAGAGCCCAAAGGAACGGCGGCAGCAGUCGUUCCACAAAGAGCUCGGAAGAAAGCCGUGAUGAGAGCGAUUACAGGCACUCGGCAACAACACGAACCACGCGGUCAAGCGCCAAUCCACAUGAAGAUGUCACCAUUCGGGUGAUGAAGGGCAAGGGUGCCGUGCUCGAAGUAAACGGCGCGAAGCUGAAGUGCGCUGGUGGAGCCGAAAUCAAUAUCUCAAGGAACGCCAUCACCUCUGGGCGAAACGGGAGUGAGAAGGCGUACUAUGACUACGAGGAUGAAUAUGAUGAGCGCCAGCCUCGGUAUAUCGAGGAUGGACGCCAGCAGCACUAUGAAGAACGUCGUCCUCGGGCUGAGCGAUCUCAGACCAGGACUCGCGCGGCCUCGCGGGCGAGGUCACGCCCAAGAUCAAUGCAUUAUGCCGGUCGCGACGUUGACGGCACCGAUUACGAUUAUAUCCCGGCCUAUCCCGAGUACCCAACGGAUCCUCCUACGUAUCGCUACUGA